AUGUUCCUGGACCCGCGAGCUAUCCGAGGCUACCAGGCCCCAGCGGGCCCGCCGCUUGGAGCCCAGGUUGGCCAGGUCAGCGCGGGGACGGACACAGUGGAGUUGGCGGAGGACCUGGCAGCGUGGAUGGGCGCGAGUGGGCGGACGCGGUGGACGUUGCUCGCGCUGGACAAAUGGGUGCGGCUCCGGUGGGGACGGGGUGGAAUGGGUGGAAUUAGCAUUGGCCAUUAA